AAAAGCUGGUAGUGGCACAGAGAGUGGGAGAGAAAGAGACGAAAGAGAGAGGAACACUAUUUCAUCCACAGCUGACACAGAAGGGUUUCACAAACAGUCUCUCGGGGAGAAGGACACGGACUCCCACUUCAUCUAUUCAACACAAUGGCCCCAACUGCUGCUCUAAAGGGCACAGGCCUUUUGCUCCUCUUAGUUUUGGAAUUGCAGCCGUUCUUGUCCGUGUCUGGUCAAUCAACCACCCUCACAGCAAUCACAUCCAUAGCUUCAACCACUGGAUCAACCAUCCCGGCUUCUUCCACCACACAAACUGUCACUUCUGCCCCUACUGUCACCACACAAACUGUCACUUCUGCCCCUACUGUCACCACACAAACUGUCACUUCUGCCCCUACUGUCACCACACAAACUGUCACUUCUGCCCCUACUGUCACCACACAAACGGUCACUUCUGCCUCUACUACCACCACACAAACUGCCUCCAGUACCACUGCUCCUUCUACAUCUAUCUCCACCGGCACAGCAAGCUCUAUUACCUCUAUUGCCUCUACUGUUGCCUCUACAGUCUCCACUACCCCUAUUACUACCUCUGCCUCGACUUCGUUACCUCCCACAAGCUCCAUCGUGAUGCAGUCAAACACAACAUCAGGUACAGGCACAGUGACUGCUUCCAUCACUAGCCUUUCAUCAUCGGGUGUAACUACACCAACAACGACACCUGCCUCAACUCAAAAUGCCUCUACUUCUUCAAUGACGACUGCAACAACCUCGUGGCAAAUGGCCCCCAUGACUGGAAAUUCUAUGACAAACGGAACUGUAAUGACAGCUACUGCAAUGAACUCUUCCAAUAGCAACAGUAAUAACAUGUCAGGGAACAGCAACAGCAGUAUGAUCUCCUGCCUCACCUACUCCUGUAACUACUCAGACUGCUACAGUAUGUCUAUGAAUAGCACUGCUGUCCCAUGUUCCUAUGGUUACAAUGUCUGCCAGUUGAAGAACAAUGAAGGUGUGUCCUAUACACUGAGAUGUGCAGUCUCCUGCAAUAACAUCUCUACCUGUACCAACAACUCCCAGACCAACUGCAUCAUGAGCUGCUGCAACUCAACAGGUUGCCUGAGCUCUACCCUAGCCUCAAUGACAAGCACAACAACAGUGACUCCAAUGAAGCCAACCACAACCUCUACCACAACUAAAGCACCAACUACUACCAUUACAACGCAACCUCCAAACAAUGGAAAAAAGUGUCACACAUUCCAAUGCACCACGACAGAUUGCUACAAGUCCUACACCGGCAGCUCAUCAACGUUCUGUUCCCUCAAUCAACACUACUGUGAGUUGAAAAAGACCACGGGAACAACCUGGGUAGCAGGCUGUGCAGAAACCUGCCCAGGACAACCCGGGUGCACAGCCACCUCGACCACCGCGUGCCAACAGGAGUGCUGCAACGCCACCACCAUCUCAAGCUGUCUCAAGCUGGAUGGUAGCCUGAACCUACCCUCUUCUGCCACCAGGGGGCCUUCCUAUUCAUUUGGUUCAAUCAUGACUGUGCUGUUUUUUCUGCUCUGUCAUCAGUCCCUGGUGUAAAGAAGUUACUCUGGACUGCUGAGGAGGCACAUAGUCCUCAUAUUCAUACACUACAUGUAGGUUUUGUACUGCAAUGCUGUUCUGAAUCGAUUGUAAAAUCGUUGUAACCCUUGGCUGUGGGUAAGCCUUUGCCUGUUUUCAUGUGUAUUGAGGUUUGUGAGGGUUCAUUUUGUGUUUUGGUUUAAAAUUAGGAAUUUAAAAUGCUAUACAUGACUAUGUGUCAUUCUCAUUCAGGAUACUGUAUACAUUGGCAAUGUCUAAAAAUAGUAAAUUACUGUUUGUGUGUAAUCAUGAAUGACUGAACUAGGUCCCAGUAUGGCACUGUGAAUACAAACCCCCCUUCUCAGCAACAUUGCAUGUGUCUUUUUUAGAUGGAAACCAAGUGGUUAAAGUACAAAUUGUCUGGAAGUGUUAUUUAAACAUUAUCUUUGAAUUAAUUAUUUUAGAUCCUUUGAUAGCAGUUGACCUUGAUGUACUGAGAGAAGCAACAACAAAAAAAGAAUAUAUAUAAACAUAUCUGUAUGCACUUUAUUGAAAACCUUAUGGGCUAUUUUACAAUACUAUUUUAACAUUUCUGUUGACUUUGUCCUACAAUGUACUAUAAACUGUGAUUCUUCCUUUA